UCCUCUCAUCUCUACAAACAGGAAGACCAUGGCGACGCGCAAGAAGGUCCUGCUGAAGGUCAUUAUCCUUGGCGACUCGGGUGUGGGCAAGACCUCGCUGAUGAACCAGUACGUGAACAGCAAGUUCUCGUCGCAGUACAAGGCUACCAUUGGGGCCGACUUUCUGACCAAGGAGGUGAUGGUUGAGGACCGGCUGGUGACGAUGCAGAUCUGGGACACGGCUGGGCAGGAGCGGUUCCAGUCGCUCGGCGUUGCCUUCUACCGCGGUGCCGACUGCUGCGUCCUCGUGUUCGACGUCAACCUUCCCAAGACCUUCGAGAAUCUUGACUCGUGGCGCGAUGAGUUCCUUAUCCAGGCCGGCCCGCGCGACCCGGACAACUUUCCGUUUGUCGUCCUUGGCAACAAGAUCGACCUGGAAGACCAGCGCCGCAUCUCGACCAAGCGUGCGAUGACCUGGUGCACCCUCAAGGGCAACAUCCCCUACUUUGAGACAUCAGCCAAGGAGAACGUCGAAGUUGAGCAGGCCUUCCACACCAUUGCCAAGAACGCUCUCAAGCAGGAGAACGAUGUCGACCUCGGCUUCCCGCCCCCGUCGGCUAUCAAGCUCCAUGACCCGCCCCCGAAGCAGAAGAAGGGCUGCUGCUGAUCGCACUGACUCGCAUCCCGUGUUGGUCAUGUGCGUCGCGCUUUCUCUCGACCCUUUUCACCCUUGCUCUCGCCUCCUCCUCGCCCUCGAUCCUUGCCACCCUUGUCACCUCUUGCCACCCCACCUCCACCACCACCUUCCCAUCCAUCCGUGCCAUCUGUUUACCCUCCAGUACACACCCGUGCUUCUCCCCA